UCUUUAAAAGCCUCCGCCUUUUAAGCAAAAGCUUGUCAGGUUACCAGAUGGAGUUAGAAAUUAUUUCUUACGUGUUCUUUAUUACCUGUUGCUCUUCAAACAACUAGAAGGGGCAAUAAAAGCUUACGCUAAGAGUCAAAGCGUAAAGAGGGGGGGAAAUCACUGAAAGGUGCUGAUCUCAGUGACCCCAAAACCACAAGAAUUGUAAUGGAUUUACACUAGUGUGAUGUUGAUGUAUGGCUCCCAGCACACGUAUUGAUAUUCUGUAGCAUCGAUUAUGAUAGUUGUAAAUGGGAGUAUGAUUAAUGGGUUUUAACUCAUGGAUACAGGUUAUCAUUUUAAGAUCAGUACAGGGACUCUCUGCAACCUCAAGAAAUGCACAAUUUGUGCUAUAAAAAUAAAGGGUGUUUUUUCUUACCUCUGGGAAAUAAAUGAAUUACAUCACUUCUUGUCAUGACUUCCCAUGUAGUAUUCGUGCCCAUUUGCUUCUAAUAUCUGCACGUUUUUACUGUUCUCGUACCGCAUAAAAGAGUUAAGCUUCUUUUAAAGUUGAGGUUUCAGUCAGAAACAACUCUGAAAUUAACGCUGUGUGGAAAUAAGUUCUUGUGUAUUUGCUAUGUUCAAAAACGUUAUGGCACGGAUGAAAUAAGAUGUGGAUAAGCAGUCUGUUUUCUGUUUCUCCCAGUGGUAGCAAGUACUUGAGUUUGGACUGGCCUGACUGAGUCAAGAUUACAGCAAUUAAUGAAAAAGCAUGCUAGGAUCUCCAGUUCUCCCUUUGCUGUAACGACCCUGCACUGGGAUGCAGGAACAAGAAGCCCAUUCUGUUCCCAGAAUCGAGGCUUUGCCCCAUAUGUGUCUGUCUCCUUGUCUCCCCGUACCAGGCUCCUGCUUUGCCCAGGCUCGGUAACGUGAAGGACAGAUCGCCCGUUUCCCUGAAGCUAACCCCGAGCUGACUCCUCACUGCAGCCAGCCAGCUUGCCAAAGAUGAGGCUAGACGGAGCAGCUUCUUGCUGUCUCGACUAUGGAAGGCCAACUUUGUGCUAACUUGGAGAUUUCCUUGGAAAAACCUCCAGGAGCAAGCCCGCCGUCCUGCAUUGCUUUGCUGAAGAUCUACCGAGAGCUUCUGGUCAGUAAGAUCCGAAACACGCAGUGUUUGAUCGACAACUUGCUUUACAAUGAGUACUUCUCCACCGAGGACGCCGAGAUUGUUGUUCAGUUUCCAACUCAAGCAGAUAAGGUUCGCAAAAUCCUAGACUUGGUCCAAAGCAAGGGAGAAGAAGUUUCGGAAUAUUUCAUCCGUGUCCUACAGAAAGUCACUGAUGCUUACUAUGAACUUCAGCCUUGGCUGGAUGAAAUAGCUUAUGAGCCUUCAGAGAAUAUUUGUAGCAGACCUGUGGUAAAUACAGAUCCAGUUAGCAGGUAUUGCCAGAAACUCAGAUAUGAGCUGGGACGAGACUCCAAGUUCGUUAUGUCGUAUGCUCAGAGGGAAGAGAUGCUGCUUGAAGAAACUUACUCUAACAGCGUUAUGGAGCUGGUCAGUUUCACCAAUGAGAGCCUAGGUGAAGUGUGUCAAUUAGAAGCCCUUUUUGACGAUGCAGUCGGGCUAAUUAAUGAAGAUGGAGAGACGAUUUAUGUCUUCGGUGAUGCAGGAAUUGGAAAAUCGAUCUUGCUGCAGAAGAUACAAAGCCUGUGGGCCAGGAAGCAGUUGGACAUAGGGGCCAAAUUUUUCUUCCGUUUCCGAUGUAGGAUGUUUAGUUGCUUUAAGGAAGACGAAGCCGUGUGUUUGAAAGACUUGCUCUUCAAAUAUAAUUGCUACCCAGACCAGGACCCCGCGGAGGUGUUCCGUCACAUCUUGCAGUUCCCUCAUACGGUUCUUUUCACUUUUGAUGGCUUUGAUGAGAUCUAUUCCAACUUUGAUCUCAGCAGCGUUCCCGAGAUGUGUUCACCCGACGAGCCCACCCACCCGCUGGUGCUGCUGGUAAGCCUGCUCCGAGGAAAGCUUCUGAAGGGAUCCAAGAAAGUUCUAACGGCACGGACGGGAACUGAGAUCCAAAGGAACAUCAUUAGGAAGAAAGUCUUGCUCCGUGGCUUCUCCAGCAGUAACCUGAAGGAAUACACUGCCAUGUUUUUCAAAGAUGAGGGGCAGCGAGCACUGGUGUUGAACCAGCUGGAAGCCAACCCCAAUCUCUGCAGUUUGUGCUCGGUGCCUUUAUUUUGCUGGAUUAUCUUUAAAUGCUACGAACACUUCCGCUCCAUGUAUGACAGCCACGAACUGCCAGACUGUUCUGUUACGUUGACAGACGUGUUUCUGCUCAUGAUUGAGGUCCACCUGAACCGGUCUCUGAAAACAAGUUUGCUGAAGAGCAACACCAGGAGUCAAGCAGAGAUGUUCAAGGCAAGAAAGGAAACCCUGCUAGCCUUGGGUAAAAUUGCCUACAGAGGGAUGGGGAACUCCUUCUUCAUCUUCGAGCAGGAGGAGGUUACAGCAGCAAACAUCUCUGAAGAAGAUUUGCAGCUGGGUUUUCUCAGGACAGUCAAAGGUUAUACCGGCUGUGACAGUCAGUCCACUUACGAGUUCUUGCACUUAACCCUUCAGUCUUUUUUCACAGCUUUGUUCCUGGUUAUCGAAGAGAGAGUGGGCACCAAGGAGAUACUGCAGUUUUUCAAUGAAUGCUCUUCCACGGAGACUGCCCAGCCUACUUGCCUUCACAUCCCUUGGCUGAAGAAACACCUGGCAGGGGAGGAUCCUUUCCGAAACAACGAGCACUUCCAUUUUACCAACCUUUUUCUCUGUGGCCUGCUUUCCAGAUCCAAGCAGAAGCUCUUCAGGCAUUUAGUUUUGCCUGCGGUCAUUAAGAGGAAGAGAAAGACCCUCAUCACCUACCUUGGGGAGAGCAUGAAAUCCCACCUGAAGGGCCUCACUCGCUCCAGGCUCCUAAACUACAAUCAGAUUCAGGUGCAGCCAAACUUUGUUUGGAUGCUGAGGUGCCUUUAUGAGACUCAGAGCGAGAAGGUGGGGAAGCUGGCUGCCAAACGCAUGCACGCCAACUACAUCAAGCUGACGUACUGCAAUGCCUACUCCGCUGACUGCAGCGCCAUUUCCUUUGUUGUGCACCACCUCCAGAAGCGCCUGGCUCUGGAUCUGGACAACAACAACAUCAACGACUAUGGAAUAAAGCAGCUGCUGCCCUGUUUCAGCAAGCUUGCCGUGAUCAGGCUCAGUGUAAAUCAAAUCACAGAUCAUGGAGUAAGGAUAUUAUACGAAGAACUCUCCAAGUACAAAAUUGUGACUUUCUUGGGCUUAUACAACAAUCAAAUCACUGAUGUUGGAGCCAAAUAUGUUGCGAAACUCAUUGAGGAGUGCUCAAGCCUUGAAUAUGUUAAAAUAGGAGCAAACAAAAUAACUAGCGAAGGAGGGAAGUGCCUCGCCCAAGCCAUCCAGAAGAGCAAGACAAUGUUUGAAAUUGGGAUGUGGGGUAAUCACGUCGGAGACGAAGGCGCCAAGGCGUUUGCAGAGGCCCUGAGGAACCACCCCACCUUAACGAACGUGAGUCUCGCGUUCAACGGCAUCACGUCAGAGGGAGGGAAAAGUAUUGCUGAAGCCAUGCAGCACAACGACUCCGUGAAAAUCUUCUGGCUGACAAAAAAUGAGCUGGAUGAUGAGGCAGCAAUGAGUUUUGCAGAGAUGCUGAAGGUCAACAAGAAACUGGUGCACUUAUGGCUUAUCCAGAAUCAAAUUACAGCCAGAGGGGUGAAGUACCUCAGCGAAGCUCUCAAGGAGAACACGGCGAUUAAAGAAGUCUGCUUGAACGGGAACCUGAUAAGCCAAGAAGAAGCCAAAGCUUUUGAAAACGAAGAGCGGAUCAUUUGCUUCUGAGUGAGGACUUUGCCAUUGUGAUGAGCUUCGUGUUACAAAGACUGCUCCUACACUUGGACUGCAGAGUUUAUAAAGGCAUAAACCAGCAGUACUCGUGGCAGGAGAGAGAGGCAUGAGUAGCUGCGUUUUUAUGAACAAGCUGCCUUCCCUCGGCUCCAUCCCUUACCCUGCUCGCUAUUCUUAAUCCUUUCGGUGAGUGGGAAGUUGCCUUGGUAAAUAAUUCAUGUCCGUGUGGUGCUUUGAAGAUGAAACACAAAGUGCUAACAGACCAAAUCUGGGAGCAGCUAGAUGGAUUUGGGUAACUGAAUUCAGAUUUAUUCUGUACACUGAUGUAAAUAAUCUCUAACUUAUUUAUACGCACGCGUACACGAGAAAGGGUGCAGGAUGCCCAGGCUCCACAAGCUGACAGUAUUAUCUGCUUCAUAGCUGCAAACGAUGGUCUUACUGGAGACAUAAGCCGGCUGGAAUAGUUGUGUGGUACUGAAGUUACCAACACGAAUCCUUUUCUCCUGCCUAGAAACGAGGCCUUCAUCUUCCCACUGGAAAACAGUGGUCGUAGACACCGUGUUUUGAUAAACGUGAAAUUCAGAUUACCUUCAAUAAUCUUUUUUUUUUCCAUAUUGAAACCAAUACAUGUUCUUUUACAGAAGCAGAAAACCUUCCUACCAUCACUGUAGCAUCAUAACACUGGCAGUAAAACACUUCUGCGUAAGAUCUGCUGAGGGCUGCACAGAUACUGCCACCUCCUGCUUUCACAGUGUUUGUUCUGGGGAGAGGGGCUGGAGAUAAAUGUGAAAAAUUAAUUAGCAGCCUGUUCAUUGCCUUGGCUCUUGGCCUAGACACUGUGCUGGUGGCAAUACACCAGUAUGAAGUUGCCUCGCUUCGGGGGGGUGAAGGGACAAUUGAAAACCAAUUGCGUCAAGUGGAAAUCCCUUCUCCCAGCAACGUGUAAGCACAAAAAAGCACCGAGAUUUGCUGGGAAACCUACUAUCCUAUGCUUCAACUAGUGCACAAGGUGAGGUACUCGUAGCAAUGAUAAGGACCAGCAAGAAAACACUACCCCCUUCCAAAAUAAUUAGUGUUUAGAGAAUGUUACUUCAGAAAGCCUUAAAAGAAACCAGUUUACAGAGAAGCAGGGUGCUUGAUAUUUAUUUUUGGUGCAAAUUAGGCAUUCUUCAUAAGGGGAAUCUCAAGUUCUACCUUACGCUGCAUACAAAGAGCGGAAAAUGGAGAAGCAUGAUCCAGCUUCCUUCCUUCUGCCAUGCUGCUGCCCCCCUAAAAUUUUGAGAAAUGCUUCUCCAGUUGCUGAAUAAGCCACAAAACUUCUUGACUAACCAAAAAAAAGGCUUUCUCUGUAGGUUUUCUCCUUUUCCUGCUUGGUAACACACCUUUACCAGUCCUCAGUUCUGUCUGCUCAUUCCAGCUCCCUAACAUAUUUUACAACACUCAUAAAGCUUUUCAACAAUUCAGCAUUUAAAAAAAAAAAAAGAUUAAUAACAACCUAGUAAUUAUUUUUCAGUGACUUUUCCUCCCUGCCCAUGGUAUCAGCACUGAUUUUUUACAGGGAGACAGGCAGAUGAAGCUUUCAGACUGUGCCAGAGGAAAGCCAGUGAAUGAUUUCCGCACCUGAGCCAUUUGUUUACUGAAGCAAAAGGGCACAGUUACAUACGAGCUGGAUUUCAGUUGCAAAAACAUCUGCCAAAACAAGGCCUUUAAAGCUUUCUCAGCCACUUCAACAAAUCAGACACCCGUGCGCCUUGUCAAAAUCUUGUUCGUGGUUUACCUUGCGAAGGGAGGAGACACCGGGGCGAGAAGGGCCUUCCCCAGAGCCCUCACUUGCCCGUGUUGCUCCCAGUUUGCUCCAAUCAUUGAAUUAUUUGCUUGUUUCCCGUGCCAGUCACACCCCCUGGUGUCAGGGAAGAUUUCAGAUUGCAAGAGCUCUUCUGGGCUGGCCCGCAGGUCUGGGUCCAGCUGGGUCUGGCUCUGAGGGGUUUCCCUGCACCCCGCUCCCAAGUCACGUCACAGCUUUGGGAUGCUGGGGCUGGUGGAACUGCUCAGGGGGUAGCCCAAGUGUCCUACUUUGUUGGCACAGUACCAGUGGGCUCCAUUUCUUUCUUUGUAGUCUUACCAGGCUACUUGCAGAGAGCUUUUGAUCAGCACCUUAGUGGUCUGCAGCAAAAGCCACAUUUACCGGAGCACAGACACCGCUGUAACCUUUUUAAGACUUGCUUGUAAUUUGCGAAGACGUUCUCUGUAUGCAGCAUUACGUUUUUUCUACUUGUCUGCUGUGAUAAUAAACAGCUUUUUAAAGAACCCCACCAGGCUGCUGCAGGUUCUUUGGCCUUGCUGAAACAGUGUCAAGCAGACACUUGGCCUGGGCUUCAGCCUGCACACAGGAGGCACAACGUAAGCAGCAGUGAAAGCCUCAUGAGCCGCAGACCUGGAGCUCGGGGACUGGCGCAAAUGAAGUGUUCAUGCCCCUGAUACCUGCCAGGCUCCUUUAAUGCUGAAUUUAGCAGAUGUGAAUCCUGGCACGGGUGAAUUUUGAAGAGCUUUCCUCCCAGUAAGCCACCAGGUCCCCCCUGGGCACGGGAGGAGACCCUUGGUGGGACUUUCUGGUCAGGGAUGGAGCUGGUCCGGGGCAGACAGAGACUUUGUUCCUUUUCCUAGCAUUUGAAGCCUGCUUAAAGGAUCAGCCAGGAAGGGAGGGGAGGAGACAGAUGCCUGGGUUAAAAUUUAAACGCCUGUUCAAACAAAGAAAUCUAUAACCAGGGUGAAAAGGAAAAGCAGGGCAGGAGCCUGGUACACAGCGUGGCUCAGCCCGGAGGGGCACCAGGCACCUGCAGCUCCCAACGCUGCAGCUCCCUCCCUUCUCUCGCCUUGAGGACUGAGUCAUCUUGCGACAACCGAGGAUGGGCUUCAUACAAUUAUUUAUUUAUCUCAAACCCCUCCUCCCAGCCCCCACGCCUCCCUGACCUCAUCCCCCUCAGAAAACAGGCGCUUUAUUAAGCCAGGCCUGGAAAACCCUGUCCCACUCGGCUGCUGCUGGGGCUGCCCAUUGUCUGGGUGUGAGCAGGGUCCUGCCGUGCUCUCGCCUUUCUGGACACGGGGCCAGAUCCACGACCAGAGCUGCUGAAGGAGCACAUGGGGCUCCGGCCCGCACCCCUCAGGCACAGACAUGGCUCCUCAGGGGUAGCCCUGGAAGGAGCACGAGGCCUUGAGGACCCCAGGGGAGAGAAAACAACAGUCCCCGUUUAGCUCCAGCUGCUGAAGGAGACCCUCCCUGCUCCCUCCUUGCUCCUUGGCCACGUGUUUUGCUCCUUGGCCACACGUUUUGCUCCCCUUGCUGCUCCAAGGGACACCAGGCCCAGAAGCGAGCGCUGUCCCUGCCCGCGUCAGGCCCCACACACGCAGAGCCGUGAGGGGAACACGAUACCAACAGGCUCCACAGAUCCACGUCUCACACCCGAAAUCCUGCACCUACCGAAACGGACUCCUUUCCAGCGGAUUUUCCUGAGGCGAGGCCAAACCCGGCGCUGCCUAAUUAGCGACUGCUCCCGUAACGCAGCUGCCAUUUCACGUGCCCAAGACGGAGGAGGAAAACGUAUGAAUUACGGGCAGUGAAGGAAUUCAGGCUUCCCAGAAGGCAAUCAGGAGAAAAAAAAAGCCCACCGCCCUUCUAGCUGGGUCUACAUAUUUCUCCUCCUCCCUUUCCAGUCUGGUCUGUAGCACAGACAUACAUACGGCAGCUCUGCCCCGCCGUGGUGGUGCCUCAUCCACUACCUCACGACCAAAAUCACCUGGAAGUUGUGAAGAAAACUGUGCUUCAAAAGAUUUAUUACAUAGAUUUGUACAUAUUUUACACGAAUGGAAUGUUAACAGACAACCUAAAAAAUCAAUAAAAAAAUAUUUUCAUUCAUGAUUACGUACUGGCAGACCAUUGAAAAAAGAGUACCUCGGAACAACUUAAGUCAACUUGCAAUCAUACUGCUCGAUUAAAAAAAAAAAAUAAAGAAAUACAAACACGUUUUACAUGAGACAUCGCAAAUUACAUUCCGAUUUCUGCUCAGGGUAAUGAAGGAAGACGUCUUGUCCAUUACCACUGCACGUACGCGUGGCGUCCCAGGAGCCAGCACCGCGCUCUGUGGGCAGGGUGAGCUCUGCGGGGAGAGGCGAAGGGACGGGGGCACACAGCCUGCACUCUCUAGCAGCAGGUACGCCUGCCAAAGGGUAAGGGAGAGCUAAAAUGAGACUCUCAAGUCAAGUAAGAAGGUGAAUGCUGGAUCACCGCAGCUUUUAAAAUGAAGCAGUUCCUUAAAGCAGCCCCCCCGGCAGCUGAGCCGCCUCCUUUCUUCCUUGAAAGUUGGAGUACUUUGGCAAUAUCAGUUCUGGCUGUGCAGUAACAAAUACUUCAUCUUAAUGCGUACAGGAAGAUCACAGAAUCGUGCUCUGAUGGCUCUUCCUGCUAGCAUUUCACACCCUGGGAGCUCGUGACCAGUUAGGUGGAGAAGUGUUUUUACUGUUACGUGUAACAAAUUAGCAAUGAACAGGGCAGAUUUGAGGGAAAAACAAGAGGAACAGGAUUCAGCAACAGAUUAUGUACUUGCAACAUGGGGUUACUUACAUUUGAAACUCUGCCAGUAUCGAGCAAAUCCUACUUAUCGUUGCAAAAUCUUUGCCAAAGCACACUCAAGGGCAAAAGUCUCUCAAACAAACAUAAAUAGAUUAAAAGCUGCCAGAAGGAUCGGCAGCUAGCUGGCUUGCUGCCUUCCAGUUAUUGUACACUGGCAACCUAUUAGAUCAAAGCCAGAGCCACGUCCAACCCUUUUCAGGUGCAGGCUAUUCCCGCAACGCUUUAUCUGAGCAAGUCUUCAGCAACUGGACACGCUGUAUGUACAACGAGGUCGUUUUACGGUUUGCCCCAUCAUCAGCUCUGACGCAUUUAAGCAAGGAAUUACUUUCCAGAACAUUUUACAGUGGGUUGGGCAGUGCUCAGAAGAUAACCAAACGCAACCAGAGAGAGUUGAGACUUUGUUUUGUUCCUCCCCAGUUGGCUAAACGAUGCUCAACUUGAUUUUAGAAACAAUUUAUACUGGGUAAGCAUCGCAUUGGUUUUACAUUCAGGAAACAAACACUGGACACAGCUCUGUUUCUCUCACAGAUUAUUUUGAGUGACAAAAGGUUAAGUGGUACAAGCUGAUGAUGCUGGGAAAAAAAAAGAAAUGUUUGGCUGGUUUGUAGCAAAACCCAUAACGAGCCCUCCUCUUUCAACCACAGGAGCUUACACUAAUUUUGCUGGUGCCAAAGAAAGGAUUUCCAAUGGAGAUAUGGCGUAGCACGCCUUCAGCUAUGAAGAAGGGAAGAAAUUUACACUAAAAUGGCUUUUAAGCUUGGCGGGGUGGAAAGUGGAGUAGCAAAUAUAACACUCAUCGAGAACUGAGACAGUCUUCCCCUGGCAGAGUGAGCUGCAAGAUCCCACGGUGGCAUUUCUGCAUUCCCCAGUGUAUGUUUUUGGACCUCAGCAGGUCCAAAAACACCAGCACAAAGACCCACAUUGCUGACUAAAAAUGAUCUUUCCCACUUUUGGAGAUUGUUUAAGUCAUACAAACCCCUUUACAUCAUGAAGGGGGAGGAGCAUGGAGAGAAAAGAAAGGUCACAAGUACCCACCCACAUCUCUGUACAUUACUUACACAUUUUCCGUUUCAAUUUACUGCAGUACACUUACCCUGGAAUAUGAAAAUUAAAUUGAUUACAAAUAAGACCAUCUGUCUUACGCUUUCUUCUUCCCCAAAAUAAAAUACCACGAAUUUACAGUGUGCUUCAUAUUAUUUUUUUUUUCCUUUUCCCACUGAACUCACCACCUAACAAAACAUGUCGAAAGAAACUCAGCUGACUACUUCCAAAGGAAAAUGUUAUUAGAGAGAGCCCUGUGCCACCAGUAGCACGGCUCUCUCGGCGUUGUACGGAGGGCAGGUACCUACAAACCAAAUCACAGCCACCUCCACUAGGAGCUUCCAAACACGAGUUGCUGCUCAAGAUAACACGGAUACGUGACAAGCUCAGAAAAACCUCACGUUUCAAAACAGCGUCGAGUCUACCGUUCCCCUUGCGGCAAGCAGCAUGUUUGUGGCAGACCUGAGUAUGGGAAUCAUUUCACACCCUUAUGUGCUUGGGGAAAAUGUAGGCCAGAUGACAGAAAACACUCCGGAACAGCACAGGAUUGGCAAUCUCAAUGUAUUUAAAGACAAAGAAGCAUACCGCACCGUGAUUUAAAGUUAUUGCUUCUCGUGGACAGGUGUGGGGUUCCUUGACUGAGACACAGGACUUGUUCGGUGUUUGUUUUCCCCUUCUGAAGGGCAAGGACUCGGGACCGCUGUGAGGAUGUUUUUAAUAUGAAGGUGUUGCCUGUUAUUUCAGCUACGUCUACAGCAUGGUUGCCUCCAACUGGCCAACGCAGCCGGUAGCAGAAAGCUUACGAAGGUGAAUGUCCACAGGCGGUUUCAAACCCAAGCAUCGGUCCCAUGCUUCCAGGGUCAUUCCUGGCUCAGUCUCUAUUACAGGUUUGGAGAGAAGAAAACCUACCGAAGCCUUUCAGAAGGAAUUUAGAAAUACCAAGAACGCAAAACCAGCAUCUAAGACUGGCCCCGUAUCAGUUCCUCAAACUGCGGCUCCUGCCUGCAACACCCCGCGUCGACGCGACCGCGAGUGGACAGCAGCGAGAGCUGCGGGGUCUUUGCACCACCUCCUUGCAUCCAAACACAGGAAAUCCAGCUGCCCAAAACAGCAGCGAAUGAACUAGAAACAUGAACUACCCAAACCAAGCUGAAGUUGUAAACAGGUUUAUAAUAUUUAUCUACUUAAUCCCCCGGCCAAAGACUACCUAUGACCUUGGAGCACAGGACACCAACACGCUAAGCUACCCGCUCUACAUAUUACAGGUGAGUUUCCGUAGGCGUGAAGCCAACAGCAAACAUCAGAUCAACGUGAACGAGGAAGCUUUCCUCACGGAAAACAGCAGGGAUAUAAAACAUUGGAAAAGUGGGCCUGCAGGCAACACCGCUGCUUGAGCACUACAGGUGCUGUAACCCCUCCUACCCCCCAGCCCCCGUGACAAGACGAGGCGACACAAUGACUCUCGGCUAAAAGGGAAUCUGUACAGGGAACUACUGUACACGUGGUGUGACUACAGGAUUGGGAGUUGUGACAAAACGGCUCUGCUCCCGCUGGAAAAGAGACUACAGCAGGGCCCCGCAGCUACAGGUUCAGCCGAAACCAGUGAUGCAAGCCCAAAAACGUAGAAACUGCACCGUCAAUUAGGGAAAUGAUCUAGUUUGGACUCCUUUAGAUUUGCAGCAUAACAAUGGCAUUUUACAGUGCAACAUCCAGGGAAAGCUGUUAUCCAGGAAAGAAUUGCUCUGCAAGCGAGACGGGAGAGCCGAGUAACAUGCACUGCACUCGUUCUCCUGGAUAGCAGCAGUUGCUCCUGCUCUUUGCCCUUUUUGAUAUGAAUCACAGUAGCAACAGCGAGAAAUACGUAUUUAAACAGAAGAAGAACAGCAGAAUUAUGUAUGUACAAGAAAAACGUUUGAAGUGUGCAAUUUAUUUUCGCUACUGAAACCCACUAAAACUGCUGUCAGGAAUAAAUAUUCAUAAACUCUUCCCUGUACUGUGAAGUUCAGAUACUACUAGGAUUAAUUCUUGAUAUAAAAAGUACUCUUCUAAGCCCUGAUAUCUGUUCCAGUUUUUUGUCUUUUUUUUUUUUGUCUUUUUUUAUUUUGAACUGUAAUACCUUACGGGAACUAAUACUUAACCACAGUUUUACUUGGUGUACCCCUCAGAGACAACCGGUGUUUCAUGGAGCCCUGGUUAUUCUAAUAUAAUACAGUAAAAUAAUAAUAAAUUAAACAAAUGCAGGUGCCUUUAAAAAAAAAAAAGAACAAAAAACCACACUGUCAAAUGCUAGCCUCCACAUGAAGAGACCAAUGGUUUAGAUGCAAAGUACUACAAAUCCUGCCAUCAGAUAAAACAUUCAAACAAGGAAACAAAGAAAAACUUGCACGUACGUGUUUUAAAAAUUAAACACAAUUCCCACCUCGAUGUUAUCUCACCCAUGCCUAUUAAAAAAACAACAUUCUUGCUGUGCCCACAUUUGUAGUUAUUCAUUUCCACCUCAGGAGGCAGCCUGGAGAUGAGAGUAGUACAAUAAAAUAAUUACCUGAAACAUUUUUAAAAAAAUACCCGUUAAACAAAUUACCUUAACUGGCAGCACUUAAAAUUGGUAAUUCUUCUUUUUUCCUAUUUAAAAAAAAGUUGCAUAGCUGUAAGAUUUUGCUUUGCUGCAUUUUUUUUUGUUUUGUUUUUACUCACAAGCAGUAAAAGAGAAGUUUUAGUUACUUAAAUAGCAAUACGAUGUGCAGAUUUCAACAAUCCCUAUAGUUUGAUCAAUAUAAAUUAGUUACCUGUCCCAGUUUUACUCUUUGGACUGCAUUGUGACAAAGGUUUAGUUACAAAAUUUUGAAAUAUAGUAUUCCUAUGCAGAGAAGUUUGUUUUCUGUUCUUGUAAAAGUGAAGAACAUAAAACAGGGUGUGAAUUCAGUAAAUAAGGUCACACUGUUAGAUUACAUUUAAUUUGCCAUUUACUCUUCUUCAGCCAACGAGAAGGUGAAAACGUUCCCAUUUGAAAAUGGGGCCACCCUCCUGCAAGGGUCUCAGAGAGCACGUAUCGAACGUCUCGGCUUCCACUUGAGGCAGCAGGAAACGUGUCCAAUAACCCGCUUCUUCACAGAACCAGAGGUUGGGCUGAAAUUAGGAACUUUGGCCUUCAAUACAAAAGAGUGUCAAUAACGUCUGUGGGGAGUAGAUUGUUACAGAAUGUGCAGCAUUUUCAAAAUCCCUGUGUGUCCUUUGCAUGAGUGUUUGGUAUACUGAGCACUACUGGUGUCUGCAAUGCUUUUUCCAUGUCGCUGUCCAUCUUUGCCUCUUUCAGCCACAAAGAACAGUUAAGUCUCAAGCCAGGCACGCUGUGUUCAGCAAGGGAACCGCAGAUCUCCGAUGUUUUCUGAUCAGUGGAAGCAGCU